AGCAGCCUAUUAGCCUAUAGCAAGACAGUGAUGAAGAGGGUGACUGAGGAGUUGAGGAGGAGUGCGUUUAGAGAUAAGUGAGCUGCACUACUCUUGUACAAUUAGACAGCUGCUGGAGCUCAGCAGGUUCAGGUCAUCACCUCCCCUCAGUCCUGGAUGAUGGACGGCCUGGAGGGAUCCCAGCUCUGCUACCCUCAGCUCCUGAACUCGUCCUGCAUGGGUUUACUGCGUCCUCGCUCUGAGGCCGUCCUCCUCUACACGCUGCUCUCCUCCGUCACCAUGCUCACUGUAGCUCUCAACCUGCUGGUUAUCGUCUCCAUCUCCCACUUCAGACAGCUUCACACCCCCACCAACCUGCUCCUGCUCUCCCUGGCGAUCUCAGACCUCCUCGUUGGGCUGCUGGUGAUGCCGGUGGAAACGGUGCGGUUCGUAGAAACCUGCUGGCUGCUGGGCGAUCUCAUGUGUGCUCUGUCUUACAUUAUCGGCUUCACUCUCACCUCAGCCUCUGUGGGGAACAUGGUGCUCAUAUCGAUCGAUCGCUAUGUAGCUAUUUGUUAUCCUCUGCAGUACCCCAAUAAAAUCACUCGCAGCAGGGUGGAGGUGUCUGUGUGCCUGUGCUGGGCCUGCUCACUUCUCUACAAUGGGCUGAUUUUAAAGGAGCAUCUUAGGCAGCCAGAGAGGCACAGCUCCUGCCAUGGGGAGUGUUUGGUGGUGAUUAACUACGUCUCUGGGACCGUCGACCUUGUGUUCACGUUUAUCGGCCCCUGCUCGGUCAUCCUUGUUCUGUACAUGAGAGUGUUUAUUGUGGCAGUGUCUCAGGCUCGUGCCAUGCAGUCUCAUAUUACAGCUAUUGCAGUCGGUAGAGUUACAGUCACUGCAAAGAAAUCAGAGAAAAAAGCAGCCAGGACUCUGGGUAUUGUCAUACUGGUGUUUUUGAUGAGUUUCUGUCCGUAUUACUACCCCUCCCUCGCAGGACAGGACAUCUCAAACAGUGCUUCAUCUUGGGCCAUUGUGUCCUGGCUGUUGUAUUUUAAUUCUUGUUUGAACCCAAUCAUAUAUGCUUUUUUCUAUCCGUGGUUUAGAAAAGCUAUCAAGUUCAUCAUCACCCUGAGGAUACUAGAGCAAGACUCCUCGCAGGCAAAUAUACUUUAAAGUCACUGCACACUUUUUUCAUGACCCGCGUCACCUGGCAAGCGAGAGCGUAACAAAAAUCAAAGUGCUGUUGGUCAUAUGCGGGGGUAGAAUAUGUAAUCACUGCAAAUGCAGAAUGUGAGAUAUGUUUGGGUGUUCGAUUUCACUGACAUUUCACAUCUCAGUCUUUUUUCAUUUGUCCCCCUUUCUCUCUAAUGGAAAUAAUUCCAAAUGUUUGAUAGCUUCAGCCUCUUAAAUGUGAGAAUGUUCUGCUUUUCUUUGUCUUACAUUAUAGUAAACUGAAUAUCUUUGGGUUUUGGACGGUUGGUCAGACAAAGAAGGGGAUUUGGACAGGUCACCUUUGGCUUGAGGAAAUCGUUGUAAUGGACAUUUUUUGCUUUUUCUCUAUUAGUCAAUUAAAUCAGAAAAUGAUCAUCAGACUAUUGAAUAAUGGAAAUAGUUGUUAGUUGCAGCCCUGGUAUAAUAAUUUUAUUAAACAGCCAUUUCUUAAGAAAACAUUCUAUUCUAGUCUAUUUAUCUAAUACAGCAUCUUACAUACCUUUAAUUCUGAACCUGUAUGGACCUUAACAGACUGAACCUGAUGAGCUCAGGUGAAAUAUUUGUGACAAAUAUUUUCAUUACAUGAGUAAGUUGGGUAAAAACGUAUUUCAUCUGUAAUGUCAGCAGACAGACAGGAUUAUCAAGUUAACCUGUUAAUUAUACGUGUAAGCAUUCAGCAGCAAUGCAAAACUAAUGUGCACUUCAUGAGAAAAUAUGUUUAACAGCAGACUUUGAUGUUAUGUUUCCUCUGCAUCAGUAAACUAUUAUUGCUCUUGAUAAUAAGGCCUGGUUUCUGUCAGAUCAAUAAUUAUUAGUUAUUAUUAAGAUGAUGAUGGAUGUGUUAUGCAGAGAUAAAACAAAAAAUGCUCAGAUGCAGAUCUAUUGUGCACAAAAUUAGCACAAUAAAGUGUAUUGUUUCUUUUUGUUUUUUGAUUGUGUGUAAAUAAAUAAUAAAGACAUUUCAGUAA